AUGGCCGGCAUCGCCUUCACAGCCUUCUCUCUUCUCAUAGCCCGACGCUCGUUCACACGAAGACGUCUCGCUGCGAAUCCCUCUUUCUAUACCAACUCGCCUGCACACACCCAGGUCCAAAGCGCCAAAGUCUCUGCCCCACUGGAAGCCAUCGAAGCAUUAAAUAUUGCAACGAUCAAUGUCCUCAGUCUGGCCAUGUUAUCGACUGGCGGAGCGCUCUGGUAUUUUGAUAUUGCGAGUAUGGAAGACGCAAGGCGGAAAUUGAGGCGGGGAUUGGGUGUGGAUGGGAGUGGGAGAAGUGAGGGAGAGGCAGAAGAGGAUUUUGAAGAGUGGUUGGCCACGGUACUGAGUCGGAAAGAGGCCAAGGAGAGGAGACAGGAGUAUGAAGAAGAGAAGGAGCAGAGAAGAGCGAACGAAAGAGGGAGACAAAGAUAG